UAAGGGUCGCUAUGAGUCGGAAUCAACUCGACAGCAGCAGCGGGUUUGGUAUGGUUUGGUGCCAUACACCCAGGCAUUCCAGACACCCGGUAUUGUACACGGAAAGGAGAGCUGCUGGGAGGAGGAGAUGACUCUGGGAUGUGGCAAGGCUCCCCUGGAACUAGGAAGCUGGACGUGCACUGGUAGUGAGGGCUCUGCACUCCUCCCCACUCCACCCACCUUGCUCUGAGUGCCACAAACAUUCCCAGGUGGCUGUGCCCUAACUCAGGGACCCAAAGAGCGAUUGAUCACCUGGGAUCUGAGAAUAGGCGUUAAGCAGGAGGCAGCCCUAAAAGGAAGAAACACUAAGAAAUCAAGAGGCCAAAUACCUGGAUGUCUGUGCAGAGAAGAAGGAGGACUUUAGGGAUCCCAAUACUAUGUGCCAACAUGGAGAAGGAUACCAGAGCAAAGGACUGGUCCUCGAGGGCAGGGUGUUUGGGACAUCAGAAGGGACUCAUGGCUAGAAUGGGGUGGAGAGUUGAGGUAGCUUCUUGAGGGACAAAAUACCCAGUUUCACGGUGGUGAUGGACAGAAGGAACAUGGAAAAUACCAACCAUCUCUUUAACUUCAGCUAGGGGCUUCUUGUGACGAUGCUGGGCAUUUUACUUAUCUUUGGAAAACAGGGUUAUGAAACAGGAGGUCAGGGGAUAAUAAUUAUAGUACUUAACAUUUUGCAGUGCUUACCAUGUGCCAUGCACUGUUGCAUAAACCAACUCAUUUCAUCCUUCCUAACAACUUUGUAAGGUAGGCACUUUAUGAUCUCCACUUUACAGGUAAGGAAAUGGAGGUAGAGACAUAAAGUAAUUUACUCAAGUCCAUACCAAAUAGUAGGGUCAGGACUUCAGGACAAAUGAUAGACUGAGAAGCUCGGACUUCCCCUAGAGGGACAGGCACCUACUGGUGGGAAUACCAGCAUUGACAGCAAGGGGCUGGAAUUUUUAAGAAAGUAGGAGCUGGAGUGGAGAAGAGUUAGACGGGAUGCGAUUUAUGCUGCUGUUCAGCCGGCAGGGGAAGCUGCGGCUGCAAAAAUGGUACCUGGCCACAUCUGACAAGGAGCGGAAGAAGAUGGUUCGGGAGCUUAUGCAGGUUGUUCUGGCUCGAAAGCCCAAGAUGUGCAGCUUCCUGGAAUGGAGGGACCUCAAAGUUGUCUAUAAGAGAUAUGCCAGCCUCUACUUCUGCUGCGCCAUCGAAGGCCAGGACAAUGAGCUCAUCACACUGGAGCUGAUCCAUCGAUAUGUGGAGCUCCUGGACAAAUACUUUGGCAGUGUGUGCGAGCUGGACAUCAUCUUCAACUUUGAAAAGGCCUACUUCAUCUUGGAUGAGUUUUUGAUGGGAGGUGAUGUCCAGGAUACCUCCAAGAAGAGUGUGCUGAAGGCUAUCGAGCAGGCAGACCUGCUGCAGGAGGAGGAUGAGUCCCCGCGCAGUGUGCUGGAGGAGAUGGGUCUGGCGUAACCCCGGCAUGUGGUGACGUGGGGCUGGUGGAGAGGCAGGGCGUAAGCGGCUGCUUCUCAUCUCUCCAGGCCCUUUUCUUGGUGGGACCCAGCUGUCCCUCCUCUGCUGCCUCGCCUCCUUUUGGAGUGAGCUACAGGCUCAGGACCCUCAAACAUUCCCUCCUUCCGCCCCCUACCUCCUGUUUUCCCUUUUCCCACCCAAGGCUGAAGGAGCUAGGAGGUAGGAAAUUGUGAUUGAGAUGAGGGUGCUCUUUGGAUUUUAUUUCCUGCCUUUGAAGAACUUCCGCAGACUUCCUCCCCUCCCUUACAACUGUAAAUAUAUAAAUACGUCAGGUUAAAGGGAAACGGUUUUCAGGGCUCUUCUCUUUCCCCUGCCCCCGUAACCUACCUCCACCCCCUUCCACCAGCCAGCCAGCGAAGUUUCUCUGCCUGGGGCUGGGGCUGCUCUGUAGGGAGAGGGAAGGCCUUGCCCUCAUCUGCCCCCUCUCUCUGUGGCUGCAGUGGGACCUGUGUCCAGUGCCGGCAGAGGAGCAACAGAGUUAAUUUUUUUCUAACCUUGCCACCUUAGGGAAGGAAGAGUUGGGGGAAGGGAGAGCUUUGUGGGAGACUGGGCCCUGUCCCCCCUCCCUCCAUGUUCUGGAU